AUGAAGAUGGUCAACCUCUUUGUGCUGCUUUCUGUGGUUUGUGUCCUCCUAAAUCUAGCUGGAUUUAUCCUUGGCUGCCAAGGGGCCCAGUUUGUGGCCAGCGUGCCCAGGUGUGAUCUGGUGGAUUUAGGUGAAGGCAAGAUUUGCUUCUGUUGUGAAGAAUUCCAACCAGCCAAAUGCACAGACAAAGAAAAUGCUUUGAAACUCUUCCCAGUUCAGCCUUGUAGUGCUGUUCACCUUCUACUUAAGAAAGUCCUCUUUGCCCUGUGUGCCUUGAAUGCCCUGACCACCACUGUCUGCUUGGUGGCAGCUGCCCUCCGCUACCUCCAGAUAUUUGCAACCAGAAGAUCCUGUGUCGAUGAAUCCCAGAUUUCUGCUGAGGAAGUGGAAGAACAUGGACGUAUCCCAGACCCUGAUGACUUUGUGCCACCGGUGCCUCCGCCUUCUUACUUUGCCACAUUUUACUCGUGCACACCCCGGAUGAACCGCAGGUUGAUUGGUUCUGAUGUUAUCCCACUCCCACAUAUCUAUGGAGCGCGAAUCAAAGGCGUGGAAGUGUUCUGCCCUCUGGACCCCCCUCCUCCAUAUGAAGCUGUUGUGAGCCAAAGGGACCAGGAGCAGGGAUCUUCUUUCCCAGUGCCAGAAGGAUCAGAAGCUGCUGCGAGGCCAUUGGAACCAGUCUGCACACAGGUGACUGAAGGUGGGGACAUUCCUAACACACCUGGAGAAGCAAGCACGUCCGUGUCAACCCCUAACUCAAGCCUGACGCAUCCUGCAAGAAGCUGGAGACCCAUUCAACCCCUAAGGACGAGAUCAAAAAGCGACCCUGUGCUCCGUCAUUCCGCAGACAGAGCCACCCCUGUACUUAGCUGUGAAGCUGCGACUCAGACAGAAGGAAGGCUGGAUCUGGCUGCGGUGACUUUGAGAAGAGGCUUGAGAUCCCGAGCUUUGCGACCCAGACCACAGUCUUUAGUAGAUUACAAAUCCUACAUUGACACCAAACUGCUGGUGGCGAGGUUCCUGGAGCAGUCUUCCUGUAGCAUGACGCCCGACAUCCACGAACUGGUAGAAAACAUCAAAUCUGUUUUGAAGUCUGAUGAGGAACACAUGGAAGAAGCCAUCACAAGUGCCAGUUUCCUAGAGCAGAUAAUGGCCCCGCUGCGGCCCAGCACUGCCAGGGCCCAGCCACUGCCCCCGCGGAGACAGCCUGGCCUGCUGCACCUGCAGAGCUGUGGAGACCUGAGCACCUUCGUCCCCGCAGAGAGGCCAAGAGCUGGGAGGAGGCCCCGGCGAGCAGAGGCUGACCGGCCCCACAGCCUCAUCGGUGUCAUCCGAGAGACAGUGCUGUGA